UUCAGUUUAAUUAUCCAAUUGAGACAGAACUAAAAAUCAUUAUUAAACAAACGUGAAAGUUCUUCCAUCAUCAGUGGAGUUCAAUUUUUAUGGAAAUUAAUAGAUUUAAUACUAAAUUCACUAAUUUUAUUUGCAAAACUUAUGACUCUGUGAAAAAAACUCUGCAUUCUCACUGACUCGCUAGUCCUGGGGCCAUCAUCGCUGUUCUGCUCACAACAAUGAUCGAGAAUCUGUCCAAGAAGCGAAUGGUGUUCGGGAUUAGCUGUCUGAUUCUAUUGACCAUCGUUGUGCUGAUCAUCGAGUCCAAAUGGAUGAAAGCCGGAACGAGGCGCCAGGAGUUCAUCAUUGAGAAUAAUUCCACAUGCUGGAAGCGAGAAUCGUACGAAGUGAUCAAGGAUUGUCAUCCCUGUACGGCGUUUGAGAUUGCUAGCAGAUCGCAGGGAGUUUGCGUGCACACCCACAACAAGGAAGUGCUGAAGUGUACCAGCGGAGAGAUUGUUACUCGGAGUUGUGAUCGAGUUGCUUGGCUUGACGAAAAGCACUACUGGUCCUUCCAGAUAUCGCUAACAAUCAUUGGGUGUCUUUCGACGGCCGUAUCAUUUCUACGGCAAAAAUCGUUGAACCGAAGGGCUAUGCAGAAAAUUCAGAAUCAGCUUGGAACCUGUUGAGCAUCGCCUAUAUCCAUAUAAAAGACUAAUCAAUUUAAUUUCUCUUGUUUAAAAAAAUGGAGCUUUAUUUAGAAUAUUACGCGAAACGAAUUGAA